AUAUUCUUUAAGAUAUUCUUUUAUACCGCGGGCCUUCGGUAACAUAGCGUGCGGUUAACGAUAAUGAUUAAAUCCAAAACUUAAUUAAUUCUGUCUUAUAUUAGCUGAUCCUGCGUGGUGUUUCUUCGACAAUAUCGAACGUUGAAGUAUAAUCUUAUGAGUCGAUGACCAUUUGAGAAACAUGUAAAUUUUAUGCUGUGUAACUGAUUCGAUGUAACCAAGUUAUUUAAUUGAGUAAACAUUUCAUACGAAGCUUCUUCUUCUUCAAUUAUUCUCGCGCCUUAAAUAAUUAUGCAUUAUAUCGUCGCCCAGCUCUGAAGUUGAAUCAACAAACGACAAGAUAUAAAUUAAGCAUCUGUUUCAUCAGCGUAAUUGUAUAAAAUAAGAGAAAUCGGGAAAUUGCAGACAAAUGGAAGCACGUUGUAAUAGAACGCUAAUUAGUUUUCCAGAUGGAAUUUAUCCUUCUCUAUCAUCCAGUUACUACAAUCAUCCACGUUUUUAUUGAGCUUAAUGCGAAACGCAGCCAUCGUCCACUUUACACUCGGAAUGCAUCACUCAACUUAUAAUAGUGUGGGAGACAGGGACGAAGUUUUGAGUGCGUGUUGUAUGGAUUCAUUCUGUUAUCACCUUACAGUAGAAACCGGGAAAGGAAGAGAAAUAGAAAAGGAUAAAAACGAGUGCGAGAGAGGAUCUUUAUCCGUCCCUGAUCGCACACAUGUGCUGCUCACGUGCGUGUCGGAUAUCUGAGAGAAAGAAGGAGUAAGGGGAAAGAAACGGAAGGGCGGGGGGAGAUGUUAAGUAUCCGUGACACCAGAGAGAUGAGGAAAUUUUCAUAUUCCGGAGGAACGGAAAGAGGCUGUACCGGUCGCCUCAUUGAUGAAGAUAGCGUCGUUGUGAACGGUCAGCGAAAGCGUUUCUGUAGUCGCGUCCACGGCAUGGCAGCACGCAAGAGGGAAGAGUCGACGAAGCAGCGAUACCAAGCGAACGCUCGAGAGAGAGAUCGCACUCUUAGGAUGCGAGAGACACUGGAUGAGAUCUUCUCUGAAGGUACGCGAUCUUCGUUGUGCAGCGUGAACACGGCUUUCAGCGCCCUGAGAACUUUGAUCCCAACCGAGCCGGCUGAUCGCAAGCUGUCGAAAAUAGAGACCUUAAGAUUGGCCAGCAGUUACAUUAGCCAUUUGGACGCCAUACUCAUUGCGGGUGCCAUGGAUCAACCUUGUACGCGUCUUUUAGAAAGUAACAGCGUUUGUUCAACAAGACCACAAGUUUGCACCUUUUGCUUGGCUAUGCAUAAAAGAUAUAAUUUUGAUAUCUCACAGGGAAUCCCGGAUUAUUCAAAUGAAGAAACAAGACCGUAUGUCUUCGUGCCAUCGACUGCAACGUGUUUUGAUUUAAAUGUGAAUGAUAUCUAA